AUGUUUUUAGAGAAUGUGGCAUUAAAAGGAACAGCUGUACAGUCAUCCACAUAUUCCGGCUGUGGAGCUGCAAAGGCCAUCGACGGCGUCAGAUACGCUCCGCCAGGAGAAACCCAUACAUACUGCUCCAUCACAGAUAACGAUCUCAGCCCGUGGUGGAGGCUGGACCUGCUGGAUUCUUACAACAUUUACAACGUGACCAUCACCAACAGAAACGACUGCUGUCUGGAUCAAACGACUGGAGUAGAGAUCCGCAUCGGAAACUCUCUGGAGAACAACGGAAACAACAAUCCAAGAUGUGGUGUCACUUCAUCUGUCCCAUUAGGCAGUACUGUCAGUUUCUCUUGUGUUGGAAUGGAAGGUCGUUAUGUGAACAUGUACAUUCCUAACAUCCAGAAGCAUCUCACAUUGUGUGAGGUGGAGGUUUAUGGAAUAAAAGUCAUAAGGAUGAAGCAGGUGAUCCGAGUGCAGGUGAAAGCUGCUGAGAAUGUGGAUGAAGCUGAACUGAAGGCACUUGUCUUAAACAAGUUAAAGCAGACGCUGAGCGAUGAGGACGUCAUACUGACAUGGAGGACACAACCCAACGGGAAAGUCUUCCAGAAGAACAAGAUUGUACCGAUACAAUCUACUGUUUGUUCUUCUUUAAAGUGA